UUGAGCAGCCACCUUCCAGUCAUCCAGACAAGCAUAUUCGCAAGCUCCUCGCAGAUCUCGCCAACGCGUCAGCUGCGAAGUGGUACCACAGAUGUAGUUGAUGCAUUUGAUCUCGAAAUGGUGUGACUGUGAUGAUGCCGGGGGAAGCGGUGCAUACCCGUAUCGCUGGACGAUGAUCGGAUGGGGCGGGCCCGCCAAGUUUUAAUCUGUGCAAAGAGCAAGGCAUAGGCGACGGGAAGUAGUUUGCAGCCAUGCGGAAGUUCAAACAACUUUGUGGCUUGCAGUGCGAACGCAGAUAGCUGUGUCGUUGGACUAUGCGAGCCGCUUCUUCAACAAAUCGCAUGCGCUCUUCAUUUUUCGCUUUCGCUCCAAAGCUCUUGGACACCAUCUCUUGAGUCCUCCCCGCCGGAAUGACAGUCUUCGGAGAGCAGGCCGAGCAGCUUCGGAUCGUUGACCUGCAUGCUGGCGAUCCGACAACAGGCAAAGAAAAGUCGCAGACAGAAGUCGAUAUCCAUCGGCUAGCAGAACAGCUCCAAGACCUGCAACAGCGUUCCAGGCGCUACAUCAGCGACCAUCAUGCCAAUGGCAGCUCCGGUGCGGUGAGCACCGCCUACAGCGAUGAUGGCAGCCAGGGCAACGACUCCACUGGCAUAGAAACUCCUCCGACUCUCGCAGCGAGCAGUUGCCCAACGCCAACCAGAGAUUCCUUGCCAAGAACGCCUUCAAGUCUUUCCCAGGUGCCAAACUACUUUCCAUCGUCGAAAACUCCAGUCGGAUCGAAUCGAACGAGGACGACCAGCCCGCUUGGCUUCGAGACAAACAGCACAGUUGACCUGUCUGUUCCUGCGACCAUUCCGGAGGAUGGCCGUCCGCCUGUUCCUCGAGUACCGCAUGUGCAGACUCCAUCGAAUCUACGACGUUCCUUAGUCGCGUCAGUCGCCGUAGAUGACGACUCAAAUCUUGCGGCAGCACAGCCACGUUCACAAUCAUUCGCUGCUCCCUCCACCAAUGAGUCUAUACCGUCCUCUCUGCCUGAAGUGGUGACACACAACGAGCUCAACAGUUGGUUCCGGGCGCAGGACCAGGAGCGAGAUUUGAUAGUGCCAGUGACACAUACCAGUGAUGGGAUCGAAGAGGAGGUACAUGAGAAACCAGAGGACGAGAUCGAGCAGAUCGGAGUGGGAACACCUGCUGCUGAGACCAGGGCCAAGAGGAAGAAGCUACAGAAGAAACGGCAGCCAGAGACCAGGGUGACGGAGAAAGGACCUCCUCGGGACCUAGAGAGCCAGGAAUCCAAGACAAGCAUCUGGAGCCGUGCGAAGGAGUCUUUCGUAUCGACAUAUUGCCCUUCCGAAUCGCCGGCGCUCAUUCUUCCCACUGCACCGACCGACUUCGAGAAGACGUUGUACCUCAGGACCAAUCGCCUGGGCUUAUACACGUUCGGUGUACUCUCAUUUCUCAGUCUUUCGGUUGGCAUGUGGCUCUUCGUUAUCAGCUUCUACGCCUUCUACUGGUUCGGCGCAUUCGUCUUCCUUCUCCAGUUAUACCUGGUCAUCUCGUACACCGUGAGUAUUUGCGGCAAAGACUACGACAUCAAGAAGCAUGAGAAGCGCCUCCAAGAUUUCCCCGUAAAUCCACUUACAGCGCCCACUGUCGACAUUUAUCUUCCGUGCUGCAAAGAACCGAUCGAGGUCCUGGAGAACACGUACAAGCACAUCCAACAACUCGACUAUCCGAAGGACAAGCUGCAAGUGUACGUCCUUGAUGACGGAGGCUCGCAGGCCGUGAGCGUCAUGGCGUUGGCAUAUGGCUUCCAAUACAUUUGCCGGGAAGAUCGUCCGAGAUUGAAGAAAGCCGGAAACCUGCGUUGGGCAUUUGCGCGGACAACAGGCGACUUCUUCGCCAUUUUUGAUGCGGAUUUCUGCCCGCGACCAGACUUUUUGCAAGAGAUCAUACCGAUUCACCAGGCCAAGCCCGAUACGGCGAUUGUGCAGACUCCGCAGUUCUUCAGGACUUCCGUGGACCAGAGUUGGGUAGAGCAAGGAGCAGGAGCGGUGCAGGAGUUGUUCUACCGUGUGGUGCAGAUCAACAGAAAUCGAUUCGGAGCUUCCAUCUGCGUCGGGAGCAAUGCGGUAUAUCGUCGAGCGGCUCUGGAAGAAGUGGGUGGUACCGCGGAGAUUGGAUUCUCGGAAGACGUGCAUACUGGGUUCUACGCAGUCAACCGUGGCUGGAAAGUGCGAUACCUGCCGCUUUGUCUGGCUUGUGGGAUUUGUCCUGACACGCCAAAGGCGUUCUUCAGUCAGCAGAUGAGAUGGUGCAUGGGCUCCACCACGCUGCUGACCAACAUGGACUUUUGGCGAUCCAAGCUGAGCCCCAUCCAGAAGAUCUGCUACCUGUCCGGAAUGAUGUACUACAGCGCCAUCUCGCUUUCGAUCUUCCUCAACCCAGUUCCGGGGAUCUGUAUGCUGUGGGCGAGACCGGAGUACGUCCGAUAUUACAACCUCGCCUUCGCGCUGCCAUCGAUCUUGUAUUCGAUUAUCGCGAUCCGGUGCUGGGCCAAAGCCCGAUAUGGCUUCAACGUCCAAUUCAUUAUGGUCAUACAAAGUUAUGCCUACCUCACAGCCAUCAAGGAUCGACUCUUCGGCCGAGCUCUUGCUUGGGUACCAUCCGGAGAUAACAAAGCGCACAAGAACAACAAGUACCGCAACAUGAGAAUACUAGCCUGGUGCUGGUCCAUGAUGACCUUGGGUGCUGUGAUCGCAGGCACGAUAUACCAGAUUCUCCGAGGACUGCCGUGGUAUGACUGCUUGCCACUCCUCCUGCUAACUGCAUUCAACUUGUUCUUGGCGCAUCGGUUCCUACUAUGGAGCGGCAGGAUACGAUGAUGAACAUAUACCUAAAGAUUAAUGUGUAGUUCCGUCAGUGACUAUCGCGCUGCUGAGCGAUAUUUGCAGAUCAUGUGUCAAUUCCUGUCAUCCUCCGUGGCUGCCUUUGUUGGCGAUCUAUUGACCGAUGAUGCGAUAUCUCGAUUUGUCGGAGGCGUUGAGGCACCAAAAGGCAUCCGAAAUGGAGGCAAGAAUGGCUUGUGGGGAAUAUGUGAGAAGUAGCAUCUACGCCUCAGAUGAUACUUGCACCAUGAUGUCCUGCUGAGUGGCUUUGCCUUACAAUUCUUCGAAAAGAUGGCUUCGACAUGAUCUCCGACGAUAGCUCUUCGCCCUAGACACCGGUCGGCGUGGAAACUCCAG